GGUGGUCCAGCGCCAAACAAGCACCUCAACAAGCUGUCGACCACCCCGCCAUUUCACUAACUCACUCGUGAAGCAUCGCGCGAAGCCCGCCUCUCAUCCCAACUCCCUCUCACCUUGCAGCAGGCGCGCAUCGCACACACAGCGCGCGAGCCCCAGCGUGGGGUAGAAAAAGCAGCGCAAAAUUCGACACCACAACCUCACUGAUUUAUCCAACUGCGACAACCCGCUGAAAUCAACUCACAAUGUCCUCCUCUCUCCCCACCCAACAACCACCACCCGCCGCGGCAUCACACCUCGGCCACGACCACAACGACCACACCCACGCUCAUCCAUCAUCUACCACCACAACCAGCACAACCACCCACCCAAGCCCGCUCCUCCGCACGACCGCCCUCCUGUCCUUCGCCCCGGCCCUGCCGCUGUGCGUCGCGCACGCCGCGCUCUCCGCCGACCCCGUCCCCGCCGUUGGGCUGGUCCCGCUGUCCUUCUCCGCCGGCCUGUCCGCGUUCUUGUUGCUUGCCGUUGGUCGUGGCGCGGGGGAGGACGGGCAGCGGCAGCAGCAGCAGCAGCAGCAUGAAGUGCGUGGGCGAGGGAAGGGGAAGGGGAUUGAGAGGGGUCGGGGUGGGGUGGGUUAUGGAGAUGGAGAGGAGCAGGUGGUGGUAAAGGAGGAGGAGGAGGAGGAGGAGGGGCGGUUGAUGGGGGAGAGUUCUGCUGCGGUGGGGAGGGGGUUUCAGCCGGGGUUGGGCGACGUGGAGGAGGGGGAGGAUGCGCAUGGCGCGGCGCGGCGGAGGUCGCCGCGCUUGCUGACGCACCGGAUCACCGUGUUUGUGGCCGAUGUGGUGCUGGCGGCCGCUCUGAUGGUUGUGCUGGUGUUUACGUGGAUCGGCACGGGCCACCGGCGGGAUAAGAGCCCGGAGCUGGCCAUGCUGGCGGCGUAUGGCACCGUGCCGUUGCUGGUCAAUUUCCUGAUCCAUCUGUUUCUCGCCAUACGCGAAUUUGUCGCCGGCCUGGCGAUCCCGGACCUCGUCGAGUACACGGCCUGGAGGGCUGUGCCCCCCAACUGCCCGCACUGCGGCCGCCGGCUGCGGCCGGACUCGCUGCCGCCGAUCCCGUGGUACGAGACUGUUUCGCGGCCGAACCUGUCGUUGCCGCCGAUUCAGGUACCAUCGAUUUCCAGGCCAUCGUUGCCGGCGUUCAAGAUGCCCUCGCUACCUGCGCUGAAGGCCCCUCGCGAGUGGAAGGUGCCCAAGUGGAUGAGGGGCAGGAGCCAAGAGGACGCCAGCCUGUUCGUGGACGACGGGCAGAUCGAGCGCGAUCGGUACAGGGAUGAUCCGGACGAGCCGCCCCACGGCCCCUCUGGCACCACCAGAGUGGUCGCUACUGGCUCGGCAGGCCAGGUCCCGGUGGUAGAGGAGGUUGUUGUCAGCAAGAAGGAUCGGAAGGGGAAGAACAGCUCGAGCGCCCUGUUUGGGGAAGACGACGCGUCAUGGCCGUGAGUUGGGGGUGAGUUGGUUGUCCGCUGCUUUCUUUCGUCCUUUUUGCCGCCCUAUUUUCCUUUCUGCCCCACUCAGAGGCCUUGUUUGAAGGACGGUACCGGGGUGCUGUCAGCGAAUUUCUAUCCUACCUUCAUGUUUCGAAUGCUGGUACCGUCAGGCUUAGAUACCCCAGGUUUUCUGUCCGGACUAGCCGCAGGAUUGCCUAGCUAAUCACAUGCCCAUUUUGUGGUGGAUCCUGGUAAACUUAUUUCAGACUAUGUUGUCCGCUCAACUAUAUACACGCAUUGGAAGGU